AUGCAAGCGGGCCCUGGAGGUUCGCCUGCGCCACAUCAACUCCCUAGAAAGAAGGGUGAUGACACAGCAGUGCUGAAAGCUCCAGCGAGAGGAAAGCCUCGCGCUCAAUUCCUGGUUGACAUUCCGGCCCACGAGUAUCAGCUGCCUAAUGGUGGACCGAUCAAUGCAACUCUCGUGGAUCUUAUCGUAAUACUCCCACAAUGGUUCCGCAAUCCUGCUGUCGCAUGGCGCAUGUUGUGUAACGGCAUCACUGCUGCAGUACACUUUGCAAUUCUGGACAAGCAUCGUCACCUCGGCUUGACCAGUUCCGAGGAAGGAGAGCGCGCCCGUGACCACAUCUCGGACACGUAUCGAAAGACGAUGCGCAGAAUCUACCCAACCUGGACCAAGGCGAAGCAUCACGUCCCGGGUAACUGGGACAAGUCGGUGAUGUGCAUCAACAAUUUCCUCCCGGAGGCUGCAAAGAAAGCUGAUUAUGUUCCACCGCCGUCAAUACCAUUCAAGAACUUAGCGAUUGGUCUGAAGAGUCUGCCCGUGGAUGACGACAUGGGUGAUCUUACUCGCGCAUUGGUAUUCGCGCUACAGUACCAGAAGCUUGAUGAGCACGGCCAGCUGACGGACUUUAUGUUCCCGGAUGAUAUCCAGCUCAUUCUCAGAUGCAUUGGUCCCACUGAAACUACCCGAGAUCGUUACGAUGAGGCUGUCAUAAGUCGGUACUCCGAAGCGGUUCGAGUGGCAGAAAGUGAGCGUCGUAAGCAGCUGAAUGAACAGCGGCGCCAGCGACAGGCUGCCGAGGAGGAGGCUGCUCAGUCCGUUCCCUGUUUCUAUCCUGGGCAGCCUUCGCCGCUUGGAGGAGCCUUUCCGAUGGAUCCACUGGCUCAACAGCAAAUGCAGCCAAUGGUCGGCUUCUCGUCCUGGGACGAAGGGUACAGCAGCAUGCCUCCGACGGGAAUGGGCGUUUUAAUGCCGAAUGCUGUACAGCAUCCACCGACGAUGGAAGCCAACUCCCAAGAUCUACUCCAGUGGCCUCCGCAGAUGCAGUCACAACCCCAAGAGUACAACGGGUUGAAAUUCAAUGAGCACAGCUAUAGCCACGCAUUCCAAGCGCACCCAGUACGAUCGAGGUCGCAAGACGCCGCUGCAGCAGUAGCAUCAGAGCUCGUGUACCAGGCUUCUCAGCCAGCCCAGGUGGACUUGCCCGCCAUCCCCGAUAUUUGCAUACCCGAAGGCUAUGUACAAGACGACAACGCUUUCCCCGACUCUUGGCUAUACCUCGAUCCCCAGGAAGCAGCAGGGCAAGUUGAUGCACUCAUGGCAGCAAACCAGACCUUUGACUACAGCGACGUGGAACGAUUGGCGUCGACGUCGCUUGUACCCCGCUUUAAUUAUCAUCCUGGCAUGCCUUUGCUGGAUUGUCCGGAGGCGCAAGAUCCGAAGGAUUGGGGCGAGCUCGCUCGUGCGGCGCGAUGGGCACGGACUCAUGCGUAUCCUGGUGGCCGUGAGUUCACGGUCGGGGAUAUCGAUGCUGUGUUAGCUUAUUUCGAAGGUCCGGGGGCGCAGUGUGAUCAAGACAGAAGUUGA